AUGGAUCCUGCCAGUGAGAGCAACAAAGGCAUCUUUUGUAGAGGUGUCAAGGCCGACAGUCAACCAUGCGACUGCGAGGAAUUUUUCGCUGACUCACAGGACAAGGGUCAUUGUGUGGAGUGUGGCCAUGGCUGUAGCAAGCACCCUCACAAUGUAUCUGGCUACAAAGUGGAAGAUAUUCAAGACGAACCUCAACCAAGUUCAUCAGCCGCCAUCAAGGAGAUAUUCAAUCGGGUAGCUGGUAGCAGGAGUGUCAAUGAAAAGUCAUCCACCACGAAGCGAGGCAGCCUCUCACUCGCUACUGCCCGGGAAGAAGCCAUAUUGACUUUGUCUUCUACUCGACUUGCCAGUCACAGUAAAUUGGCCAAGGGUCCAGCGCCAUCAGCUGGCUUGCGGAAGGAUCGCAAAGAGACCAACCCAUACCCAGCAAGUCAAAGGAAUGGUCUCAUCAGAGAAACCAAAGCCCCAAGCAGGGGCAGCCAGAACGAGAUACAGGCCAUGAGGAACCACGGGUGCUACCUUGACCAGCAAUUUAGAGUCGACAGCAGAUGGUCAUAUGCAAAGAUCACCAAUAACCUACGUACCUGGUUUCCAAAGGUCUUCAGAUACCUGGAUACACAAGUUGAGAAGCGAACAUCACAACCACGGCCCGGCCAAGAAGAGAAACCUGUUUGGCGCCUCCUGAACAAGUCUGGAGUGGUAUUGACGGGUGUUGAUGUCGCAUUUCCAGUUGGAAGUGACCUCGCAAAACAUAAGGGACGAGAAAAAGCCAGCCCCAGUGAAUGUCACCUCUGGUUUGUAACGAGGAAUCAGAUCCCUGACGACGUUUAUGAAUCUUGGAACACACAGUCUGUCAUCGCAGGUUCAGAUUCCGAACAUGAUGGCAGUGACCAGCUUUUGUCUUAUACGGACAGUUCAGCUGUUGAUAAGUCGGACAACAAGCUUGCGAGUUCCUUAAUGGAAUUGGAUCUGACUGAUGCCAAAGUCAAGGACUCGGACCCCAAAGGUAAAAUGAAGGCUAGAUCACCGAAAAGUACCAAUCACAUGAAAAGAGUCCUUUCUCCUGACAGGUCACCAUCAGAUACGAAGCAAGGGGCUCAAAAGAAAGUAAAGAAAGCGAGUGACACUAACAUUCCGCUAUUCUUUAUGGACUCAGCAAGUUUAAGUCCUCAAGCUCUCCCAUCAACCCAGCCUGCUCAAUUCAGUAGCCUCUCAGAAACAGUGUCAUUUCGCAAUUGGGUACAUGUUGAUGCUGCUGCCAGCCUGCGACUCAAGAAUGAAGUGUCAUUUCCACCUGAAUUUGUGUCAGUCAGUGAGGAUGAUGUCCUCUGGUGCAAUAGAACAAAUGACAAUGACCCCUUCGCCCCGGAACGGAUCAAUCCAUGGGACUCUUGUUAUAUCAUGUUUCAGAACCCUGCUAACUUUCUCGUUUGA